AUUGUUUUGAAACUGAAAAAAAUCUUGAAAAACAAGGGGAUAUGCUGCCAAAUUUUUUUCUAUUUUCUUUCCUAAGUUAUUUCCUCUUUUUUUUUUCUUGUUUUUGAAUGCUAUUUUUCCCAAAUGAUUCAUUGUCAUUUUUUUUGUUGAUUUUCCAUAAAACCCUGCUGAUUUUUUUUUUUCAUGUUAAAUCAGCAAUGGCAAGUUCAACUCCAAGGGCAACCCCAAGGUCAGGAAGACAAAGAGAUAAAGCUUGGAAAUAUGGGAUUGCAGGAAGCAAAAAGGGGGAGGUCACUUGCACCGAAUGCACAAGAUGGAUGACUGGUGGAAUCAAUAGAUUAAAAUACCACCUUGCACAAAUACCUGGAUAUGGUGUGGAGGCAUGCCCCAAAUCAACUCCUGAAAUUAUUAGAGAGAUGAAGGCCAUUCUUGCUGAGAAUGAUAUGCAUAAGGAAGAAAGGCAAAAAACAAGAGAAGCCAUAGCAGCUGCAAUGAAUCCCACAUUGUCCACUUCGGGUCCCAUUGGUCACAGUCGAGGUCGUCAGUCACUUUCAUCUUUUGGUGACAAUGAGGGUGAGGCUAGUGGCACUCCUGUUAGAUCAGACCCUAAUUUUUUUGUACCACGCAAUGUUCCAGGUGCACAACCUUCACUUGAAGGUACAGGAUGGAAUAGAGAGAAGCAUGAACAAGCACGGAUAGCAGCUUCAAACUUUUGGUUUUACAAUAAUCUAUCUUUCAAUGCAGCAAACAAUGUGUAUUGGGAAAGUUUUGUUAAUGCAUGUACAGUGGCGGGUAAGGGGUUUAAGGCCCCAACAGGUCAUGACUUCAGUGGGCCAUUGCUAGAGAAAGCUGUGAAAAAUACAGAAGGUGUGGUUGAUGAUCAGAAAAGGUAUUGGAAGAGAAAAGGAUGCAGCAUUUUAUCUGAUGGAUGGAUAGAUGGACGAAAUAGGACUCUUCUCAACUUCUUGGUGGCUUCAAAUGGUGCAAUGGUAUUCAUAAAGUCUGUUGAUGCCUCAAAUGAAAUAAAAAAUGCAGAGACUUUGUGUAAUCUGUUGGAUGGUGUGGUUCGGGAAGUUGGAGUUGAGAAUGUUGUCCAAAUUAUCACGGACAACGCAGCUGCAUAUGUAUCUGUAGGUAGAAUGCUUAUGCAGAGGCAUCCUUCGAUUACAUGGAGUCCUUGUGCUGCACAUUGCUUGGACUUGGUGCUAGAGGACAUUGGGAAGAUUGGAUGGGUGAAGAAGGUGGUUGAAGAUGCAAAAAGUGUCACCAAAUUCAUCUACAACCAUACUUGGGUGCUUGCUUUGAUGAGAAAACACACAAAUGGCAAGGACCUUGUGCGACCUGGAGUGACACGAUUUGCUAGCCACUUCAUCACUUUGCAGAGCAUUCUUAGUGCCAUUCCUCAUCUUAAGCAGAUGUUUGUGUCAGAUGCUUGGUUGGGGUCUGCAUACUCCAAAAGACCUGAAGCAGAGAAGAUUGUGACCAUUGUUUUUGAUGAAGGGUUCAAUAAAAGUGGAGAGGAGUUGACUGCGGUGACAGAACCUUUGGUGAGGGUUCUUCGUAUGGUGGAUGGAGAGGGCAUGCCAAUGGGUUUCAUUUAUGAGGCCAUGGAUAGGGCCAAAGAGGCCAUUUCACAUUACUAUCGUGGAAAUGCAAGAAAAUGUGAAAUCUUUUGGCGCUUCAUUGAUCGUAGGUGGACAAACCAACUCCACCAACCGAUACAUGCCUUCGCCUACUUUUUGAACCCGAAAUUCUACUUCUCUGAUUCAUUUAGGGCUGAUGAGGAGGUCAUGGCAGGUGUUAUUACAUGCAUUGAUAAGAUGACACCUGAUCCUGAGUUGAGAGACAAGGUUCUUGAUGAGUUGGAGAUCUACAAAAGUGCAGAGGGGAGACUCUUCUCAUCACAACUAGCAAUUGAUAGGAGAGGAAAACAACAACCAGAUUUAUGGUGGGAGAAUUAUGGUGCCGGCACGCCUAAUCUUCAAAAGAUAGCUAUCCGUGUUUUGUCUCAGCCAUGCAGUGCUUCUGGGUGUGAACGAAAUUGGAGUGUCUUUGAAAGCAUUCACACAAAGAAGAGAAAUAGAUUGUCACAAAAGCGGCUCAAUGAUCUAGUAUUUGUUCGGUACAACCUUCGCCUUCGAGUUAGACAGGUGGAGGGUGUUUCACAUGAGGCCAUUGACUUGGAUGAAAUUGAUCCAUAUGGUGAUUGGACCAUGAAUGAACAAAAUGAUGGUGAUGAUGUCCUCCUUACCGAAGAAGAAAUUGCAGAAAUAGAGAGAGGAGCAGCACAAGAUGCAGAAGGAGCAAGAUUGGAUGAAGAUGAGGACGAAGAUGAGGAUGAUGAUGAGGACUAUGACUUUGAAGAAGAAUCAUCUCACCAUUUAGAUACCACAACACCCACUGCUACUACUUCUAGCUCAAGGCCUGAAAAAUUGAGCUAUAUUAGGAAAAAUACAAAGAGGAAGAUGUAGUCUUCUCUUUGGUUUGUUCAUUCACAUUGCUGUUUUUCACAUUUGCAGUUGGACUUGGACAUAUCAUUAUAUGUAAUUUUGUGAACAUUUAUAUACUUACGCUGCCAUUAUAGU